AUGGCUCUCAACGGUCCUGGUGUCUUUCGCCGCACCCGCGAGCACGAAGAGGAGGACUCCUCCAACGUCACCAAGAACUUACUCGCCGAGUCGUGGAAAUCAUGGCCGAACGAAGCCGCUUUCGAUCGUCUUGAAGAAAAUCGUGGUCCUCUUCUCCUCACCGUCAAAGGCUCCAUUCCCUCUUGGGCUGCAGGUACUCUAUACCGCACUGGUCCUGGUCAAAGUUGUGUCGAAGACACCUCUCGCGGCACGCAUUUCACAACACACUGGUUCGACGGUUUUGCUCAAACUCAUCGCUUCGAUAUUGUUCCCACAGAGAGUGGGGAGACGCAAGUCUGGUACUCAUCAAGACGGCAGGCCGAUGAGUGGAUUGCCGAUGUCAAGAAGAAAGGGUGGCGGUCGGGCAUGACCUUUGGACAAAAGGCUGAUCCUUGUGUUGGACUCUUUGCAAAAGCCAUGACUAUCUUUGAACCAAAGUUGGGGAACCACAACGUUGCUCUCUUGGCCAAUGUGCCUGGUCUACCGAGCGAUGGGGAGAAACGCCAGUCGACAGAACCCAUCAAUGGAUCUUUAGGUCACCGCGUGAAUACCAAUAACUUGUUCAUUGCUACCGACUACACAGGGAUCCGUCGCAUCGAUCCAUCAACCCUCGAACCCCUUGGCGAAGCUACACAGAGCCAUCUUCAUCCUUCACUGAGCGGCCCUUGCUCCUGCGCUCACGCACAACGCGAUCCCAUCACAGGAGACCUGUUCAACUUCAACCUUGCUUUCGGCCGCGUCCCUACAUAUCGAAUCUUUCGUGUAGAUGCCGCUUCCGGAAAGACAGAGAUCCUCGCUACCAUCUCUGAUCUUAAUGUCCCACCCGCAUACAUGCACAGUUUCUUCCUCACCGAAAACCAUGUGGUGAUAUGCAUACCUGCGUCACAAUAUGCAUGGAGAGGGUUGAAAACGCAAUGGGAGGGCAACAUCAUUGACUCGAUGAAACCAUUUGAUAAGAACAGAAAAUGCAAGUGGCUCGUGGUUGAUAGAAAACACGGAAAGGGGCUUGUUGCAACCUUUUCAACACCGGCUGGAUUCUUCUUUCACAGUGUCAACGCUUUUGAGGAGAGCAUCAAGGUAGAAGAAGGAAUUGAGCGUACAGAUUUCUUCCGCACUAACCUCUUCUUCGAUCUUGUCAAGUACGACACCAUGGAUAUCAUAAAGGGGUUCUACUACGAUGUCAUCAUGAACCGCGACGAUGCUGCUAAGAAAUACUGGUUCGAGAACGAGCGCUACAAGAAUUGCGCACCAACUCUCACGAGAUACCGCUUCACGCUUCCUUUGACGCCAACCCCAGAUAUGACUUUCUCGACCGACGCCGAACAAGUUUUUGCCAUUCCAAGCCCACAUGCCGGCGAACUUCCAUCUAUUCACCCUCUCCGUGUGGGCAAGCCAUAUCGCUAUGUCUACAGUGCCGCACUGCGCGGCCUAACAACCGUGGUCGACGCCCUGGUCAAGACAGAUCUAGAUACCGGUGAUGCGCUUAUCUGGUCAGGGCCUGAGGGUCACACACCUGGUGAGCCGGUGUUUGUCCCAAGACCUGGGGCGGAGGAUGAAGAUGAUGGAAUUAUCUUCAGUCUGGUUGUUGAUGGCGUGGCCGAGACAGCAUAUAUCCUGUGCCUGGACGGCAAGACGAUGGAGGAGAUGGGGAGGGCAGAGGCUGAGUUUACUAUUGGUCAGGGAUUCCACGGUCUUCAUUUACCAGCUGUAGCUGCGUAG